AUGAAGGAAAAACAACAUUGUUUGAAUGCAUUCAUUAAUUAUUAUUUUGAAACUUCAUGGUAUCAAAAAUCUAAAUUAGUUAUUGCAAAUGACGAACCAAUCACUGAAAUAUCAAGUUACUAUCUUGAACCUUACAAUUAUCGAUCAUAUGGAAUACACUUGAUGGAUACACCAUCAAUUUCUGGAUGGGAUGAUUAAGAUGUUAUUGAUAAGAUAUUCAAUUUGAUUGAGGAAUUUAAAUAGUCUAUUGAUUUAAUUGUAAUAUGUUUGAAAGCAACUCACUCGCGAUUAACUGAAGAAGCAAAAUAAAUUUUAUCUACAAUUGCUAACAUUCUAGACAUAUAAGAUUCAAAUAAAUUACUAAUCGCUCGUACAUUUUAUUCAGGAGGACAAGUUGAUUUUUCUUUUUUAGCUAAAUAGGGUAGUCCAUUUUAAGAUAUUUAUAGAUUUCUAUCUAAUAGUUGGCAUCUAGAAUUUAAUGGAGCAUCCUUAGUCUAAAAGCCACCAAAUUCAACAGCACCACCAGUUUAUUUUUAAAAAACUUUAGAAAAUUUUAAACAACUUGCAUUUAAAAUAAUAGCUCAAAAAAAUAGCGUAACAACAAUAAUUAUUUUGGAUUUUAAAAUAAACUUAUAGCCCAGAUAAUUUGAAAUCAUUCACAUUUAUCCCCUAAUACCAUCAGCCAAAUUUUCCAGUGAGUCCAUUCUGCCAAAACAGCACAAAACCUGAAUGAAAUUCCUAUAAUGAUUUAGAUUUAGAUAUAAAUUUUAAUGAUUCAUUCGAUAGAGAUCAAGUCGAGGAACUUCUAAAGAAUGUAAUCUCAUAAAGUAGAAUCUAUAAAAUGCUAAUUCAUUUAAAUUUUAUUAGUUACCUACUGAAUAACCCUUGCAACUAGAUGAUAUCAAUGAUUUGAAAACUUUAGUUUUAAUAGGAGAUACAGGAGCAGGCAAAUCAACAAUGAUUAACUUCUUUUGCAAUUACUAGAUAGGGGUUUAAUUUGAAGAUCCAUUCAGAGUUAUAAUUAAAGAUAGAAUCGGAAAGGAUUUCUAUCAAUAGUAACAGAAAGUUUACAUCUCCAAUAUUAAGGAAUAUUUAUUUGGAAGGAACUAAUUGAAGACCAGCUCUAAGAAUAAUAGACACUCCUAGUUUUGA